AUGGAGGCUAGUGCUGGGCUCGUCGCCGGCUCCCACAACCGCAAUGAGCUCGUUGUCAUUCACGGCCAUGAAGAGCCAAAGCCAUUGAAGAAAUUGGACGGGCAAGUUUGUGAGAUAUGUGGGGAUGAGAUUGGGCUCACGGUGGACGGGGACCUCUUUGUGGCGUGUAAUGAGUGUGGAUUCCCCGUCUGCCGGCCUUGCUAUGAGUACGAGCGUCGCGAGGGCUCCCAGCUUUGCCCCCAAUGCAAGACUCGCUACAAGCGCCUCAAAGGGAGCCCAAGAGUGGAAGGGGAUGAAGAUGAGGAUGAUCUAGAUGACAUAGAGCACGAGUUUUACAUAGAAGAUGAGCAAAAGAACAGGCAAAGUCACAUUGUUGAUGCAAUGCUCCACGGGAAGAUGAGCUACGGCAGAGGCCCUGACGACGAGGACAUCAACUCUCAGUUCCCACCCAUUAUCACCGGCAUCAGAUCUCAACCUGUGAGUGGCGAGUUGCCAAACGGAUAUGGAGAACAGAUGGCUCCAUCUUCAAUGCAUAAGCGUAUCCAUCCCUAUCCGAUUUCUGAACCAGGAAGUGAAAGAUGGGAUGAGAAGAAAGAGGGAGGAUGGAAGGAGAGAAUGGAUGACUGGAAACUACGGCAGGGCAAUCUUGGGCCUGAACCUGAUGAUGCCUAUGACCCUGACAUGGCCAUGAUAGACGAGGCUAGGCAGCCACUUUCUAGGAAAGUUCCGAUUGCAUCUAGCAAGGUCAAUCCAUAUCGGAUGGUGAUCGUGGCUCGGCUCGUAAUCUUGGCAUUGUUCCUCCGGUAUCGAAUCCUGAACCCCGUGCACGAUGCAUUUGGCCUUUGGCUGACUUCGGUCAUAUGCGAGAUAUGGUUUGCUAUCUCUUGGAUCCUGGAUCAGUUCCCUAAGUGGUACCCUAUCGACCGUGAGACAUAUCUCGAUCGGCUUUCUCUCAGAUAUGAGCGGGAAGGUGAACCUUCCAUGCUUUCACCGGCCGAUAUAUUCGUGAGUACAGUCGAUCCCAUGAAGGAACCACCGCUUGUUACAGCAAACACGGUUUUAUCAAUCCUGGCUAUGGAUUAUCCUGUUGAUAAGAUCUCAUGCUACAUUUCUGAUGAUGGUGCCUCGAUGCUCACCUUUGAAGCUCUAUCUGAGACAGCUGAAUUUGCUCGGAAAUGGGUACCAUUCUGUAAGAAGUUUGCCAUUGAGCCUCGAGCUCCAGAAAUGUACUUCACCUUAAAAAUCGACUACCUCAAGGACAAAGUCCAGCCUACAUUCGUUAAAGAACGGCGUGCCAUGAAGAGAGAAUAUGAAGAGUUCAAGGUCCGGAUUAAUGCAUUGGUGGCAAAGGCAGCAAAAGUUCCUCCUGAAGGGUGGAUCAUGCAGGACGGGACUCCAUGGCCUGGGAACAACACGAAGGACCAUCCAGGAAUGAUCCAAGUGUUCCUUGGUCAUAGUGGAGGAGUCGAUUCAGAGGGAAACGAGCUCCCCCGUCUUGUCUAUGUGUCUCGUGAGAAGCGCCCUGGGUUCCAACACCACAAGAAAGCCGGUGCCAUGAAUGCUCUGGUUCGAGUUUCUGGAGUCCUCACGAAUGCCCCAUUCAUGCUAAACUUAGAUUGUGACCACUACAUAAACAACAGCAAGGCCGUACGGGAGGCAAUGUGCUUCUUGAUGGACCCACAGAUUGGGAGGAAAGUUUGCUAUGUUCAGUUCCCUCAGAGAUUCGAUGGGAUUGAUAGGCACGAUCGUUAUGCCAACAGAAACACUGUCUUCUUCGAUAUUAACAUGAAAGGCUUAGAUGGAAUUCAAGGUCCAGUAUACGUCGGGACAGGGUGUGUUUUCCGGAGGCAAGCACUGUAUGGUUACAGCCCUCCAAAGGGUCCGAAGAGGCCAAAGAUGGUGACCUGCGACUGCUGCCCAUGUUUUGGCAGCCGAAGAAAGGCCAAAAAGUACGCUGCAAAUGGUGGGGAUGUCGAAGCUGCAAGCCUACAAGGAAUGGACGAUGACAAGGAGGUGCUGAUGUCUCAGAUGAACUUCGAGAAGAAAUUCGGGCAGUCUGCCAUUUUCGUUACUUCAACAUUGAUGGAGCAAGGUGGGGUCCCUCCUUCCUCAAGCCCUGCUGCCCUGCUCAAAGAAGCCAUUCAUGUCAUUAGCUGUGGGUACGAGGACAAAACUGAAUGGGGCCUUGAGUUGGGCUGGAUUUAUGGAUCAAUCACAGAGGACAUCUUGACGGGCUUCAAGAUGCACUGCCGGGGAUGGAGGUCCAUCUACUGCAUGCCAAAACUCGCAGCAUUUAAGGGGUCUGCCCCCAUUAACCUGUCAGAUCGACUCAACCAGGUCCUCCGGUGGGCCCUUGGUUCAGUUGAGAUCUUCUUCAGUCGUCACAGCCCGGUCUGGUACGGUCACAAGGGUGGGAACCUCAAGUGGCUCGAGCGGUUCGCUUACAUCAAUACAACUAUCUAUCCCUUCACUUCACUGCCCCUGCUAGCCUAUUGUAUUCUCCCCGCCGUUUGUUUGCUCACUGAUAAGUUCAUCAUGCCAUCGAUAAGCACCUUUGCUAGCCUCUUCUUCAUAGGCCUUUUCCUCUCGAUCUUCGCCACGGGCAUCCUCGAGCUGCGGUGGAGCGGUGUCAGCAUUGAAGAGUGGUGGAGGAACGAGCAGUUUUGGGUCAUUGGUGGUGUGUCCGCCCACUUGUUCGCAGUGAUCCAAGGUCUGUUAAAGAUUCUGGCUGGAAUCGACACCAACUUCACUGUCACAUCCAAAGCCACGGAUGAUGAGGAGUUCGGAGAGCUGUACACUUUCAAGUGGACGACCCUUCUGAUCCCCCCGACAACCAUCCUGAUCAUCAACCUAGUAGGUGUGGUCGCCGGGAUCUCCGAUGCGAUCAACAACGGUUACCAGUCUUGGGGUCCGCUCUUCGGGAAGCUAUUCUUUGCAUUCUGGGUGAUUGUCCACCUCUAUCCGUUCCUGAAGGGGCUGAUGGGCAGACAGAACAGGACACCAACGAUAGUCGUUAUAUGGUCUAUCCUAUUGGCCUCGAUCUUCUCCUUGCUGUGGGUUAGAAUCGAUCCGUUCGUCCUGAAGACAAAAGGGCCGGACACGACACAAUGUGGCAUCAAUUGCUGAAAUUUCCUGGAAAUGUUAUGGGCAUUUUUGUCUCAAAAAGACUCAAUAAACCUAUAGGGGUGGGGGAUUUCUUUUGUGUAGCAUAAAGUCAAAAAAUAUCAAGUUUUGUAUGUGGAUUGAGUGUCCUUUGUGAACUACAAGGAAACUGCUCAUUUGAUUGUGGUAAUUGAGCAAUAGUGCCAUACCGUAAUUCAGAUUGAAAUACAGACUCGCAAUCUUCUAUGAAC